GCUUCUCCUUUCUUCUUCAAUUCAUCCGAUGAUUUGAUAAAUUCUACGUCCCCCCUCAAGUUGGAGGGGAAUGAAAUGAUUCCCAACUUGCGAAGAACUCUAAAGUGGGAUGGCCCAGAUAAUGAUUUGGUAAAUAAAUCAGCCAAUUGACCUCGUAAGGGAACGAAUGACAGAGAAAUCAAGCCUGCCAAAUAUUGUUGUCGAACAAAGUGACAAUCAAGCUCCACAUGCUUGGUUCGCUCAUGGAAGACUGGGUUGCGGGCAAUGUGAAUUGCUGCUUGACUAUCAGAGUGAAUCGGAAACAGGAAGGGAUGGUGAAACUAAGAGAUCUUUUAGCAAUCGCGUGAGCCAAGAAAUCGGGGAACUACCUAAACUUAUGAAGAAACCACUGAUUGAUCUCCGAGUAUCCUUGCAUGAACCCCAAUCAGCAUCGCAAAAUGCAACCAAAGAGAAUGAGGGAUUAGAGGACAUGAACAGAGCUUGUCCAGGAUGCUUUCUCAUGUAUUGUAAGACUCUUAAAGCUGCAUUGAAAUGACCAGCACAAGGUUGCUGCAUAUAUUGACUUAAAGUCAAGACAACUAAGGAAAGAUCCCGCCUUGUGUGUGAGAGAUAGUUUAACUUCCCUAUCAAAUGUCUAUAUAGAGUGGCAUCAGUUAAUAGAGGACCAGAAUCUACAGUAAGUUUAGUAGUAGGAUCUAAAGGAGAAGAAACAGUAGUGAGAUGAGAAAUAUCAAAUUCGUUUAAAAGACCUAAUGUGUAUUUCCUUUGAAUGAGUAUGGCACCCUUUGGUUCUCUAAGUAUUUCUAUCCCUAAAAAGUAAUGCAAAUGACCAAGAUUUUUUUAUUUUGGAUUCAAAAUUUAGAAAAUCCUUAAGACUAGUGAUUUCUGAGAUGUGAUUUCCUGUAAUGAGGAUAUCAUCCACAUAGACAACAAUGAUAGAAAUAAGAUUUCCUGUGACUUUGAAGAAUAAAGAAUAGUUAUUUAAAGAGGCAAUAUAUCCCUUGAAACUGAGUGCCCCUGCUAAUCUAGCAUACAAUUGCCUAAAAGCUUGUUUUAGACCAUAUAGGGAUUUUCUUAGCCUGCAAACUAAGUUAGGAUUAGGAGAAUUGAAACCUAGAGGAAAUUUCAUAUAGACUUCCUCAUGUAGUUCACCAUGCAAGAAUGCAUUGUUAACAUCAAAAAGCGUGAAAUAUCCCAAUUCUUCUUGACUGCAAUGGCAAUCAAACACCUUAUUGUAGUCAUUUUUAUAACUGAGGAAAAAGUCUCUGUAUAGUCAACCCCCUCAUUUUGAAUGUCACCUCUGAUAACCAACCUUGCUUUUAGUCUCUUAAUUGUUCCAUCAGAAAGUUGCUUCACCUUGUAUACCCAUUUACAAGGUAAGGCUUUCCUGUCAGGUGGUAGAAGCACCAUAUCCCAAGUAUGAUUAGAUUGCAAAGCUUCUAUUUUAUUCAGCAUAGCUUGUCUCCAACCAGGGUGUUGAGAAGCCUGAUAAUAACUGUUUGGUUCAGUAAUAGAAGAAACUGAAAGUAACAUGUGUUGAUUUGAUGAGGAAAGAGUGUUGAUGGGAAGAGUAGUGAUUUGAGUGGGGGUAGCAAGACAAAAUUCAGUCACAUUACUGAGAAAGAUAUUAUUACAGUAGUAUUGUUUAACCUGUUGGAUUGUCUAGCAGGAAGUGAAUUUGGAUGGUCAUCAGGAAUAGGUGGUUCAAGGGUUGAUGAGGAAGUAGAAGUAUCAGGAUUGAGUGGUAAAGAGGUAUCAGGAUUAGAAGCAUCUAGGAUACUAGGUAUAGAGAGGGAAACUUCAGGUAUGAUAGGUGAAGAGUGUAUAGAAGUAGAAGGAGUUGAAGUAGAAGGAGUGUGAGAAUCUGUGGGAUUAGGUGUAGGAUGAAUGAGAGUGUAAGGUGUAGAAGCCGGUUGAUCUAAUGUAGGUGAAGGAGAGGAUAUAGGAAUGGAGAAGUGAUGAUCAUCAUCAUUAUCAUCAAGAUCAGGGAUUGAAAAAGAAGUAGAGGGAUUGGUUGUAGAAGCAAAUGGAUAAAUAGUUUCAUAAAAUAUUGCAUCUCUAGAAACAAAUAUCUUCUUGGUACCUAAUUCAAUGAGUUUGAAACCUUUUUGCCCAUUUGGAUAUCCAAUAAAAACACAAGCCCUUGCUCUUGGAUCAAACUUAGUCCUGUUGUGUCUCAAAGUGGAAGCAUAAGCCAAACAACCAAAACACUUUAAAGAAGUGUAAUUAGGUGCAUGUUCAAAGAUAACCUCAUAAGGUGAUUUGUGCUUGAGCACCUUAGAAGGUAGCCUAUUGAUCAAAUAAGUAGCAGUCAAGAUGUAUUCACCCCAGUAAACCAAAGGUAGUUUAGAUUGAAAUAACAAAGCCCUUGCAAUUUU